AUGGGGCUUUCAUACAACACGUACCUCACUAGUAGCAGGAUAUAUGGAUGCAAGGCAUGCAAGACCCAUCUCGCCAAUCACGAGGACAUAAUAAGCCGGAACUUCCGUGGGCAGCAUGGUAAGGCCUACCUCUUCCACACAGUCGUCAACAUCGAGACGGGCGAGGCCAACGAACGCAACAUGACGACGGGUCGGCAUAUUGUUCGUGACAUUGCUUGUCGGCAGUGUAAGGAGACGGUUGGCUGGAAGUACGAUAAGGCGUUCGAGUCGUCGGAGAGGUACAAGGAGGGCAAGUUUAUACUCGAGGCUGAGAUCCUGUGUAAUGUCACUUGA